ACGAAUCACAUUGUAGACGCCACUGGAUGGGGUUGAGGUUUAGGGUUUCAAACUUUCAACUUCCAAAUUUUUUAGGUCUUUUUCAUCCCAUUUGGGCGUCUCUAUUCUAAAAUACCUUCGGGAGGGAAAAAUCAAAUUCCCAACUCCCCUCGCCUCUCAAAUUCUCCAUUCCAAUCGAUCAGUUGGAACUCGAAGCACAGCUCGACCAUUUUCUCAAGUUGAAAUAUAUUUUUCUAAGUCAUGAACACCAUUGUGCAUAGAACUCCCAAUUCUGGGAGGCAGUCAUUGUUCUACCAAGAUUUAGCAUCUCCUGUUACAACGCGGAAAGGGAAAUUUUCAACUCCAGGCCAGGCCGCUGCUGUAUCUGCUUUAUGGCGGGAGAAUUUUGGAAACUCAGAUCUUCCUCCUCCUCCGGUUUUCACCUUGGAAGACCGCUCGGGCUCAGAUUUUUCUCCUGAGUCUGGGAUUGCUGAUUAUCCUGUUUCCCCGGAAAUUAAAUCAGACCCAAGGACCCCUAUCCAAAGUCACGACUUCUCUUCGCCGUUGAAAAACAAGUCAAAUGCCAGCACUUCAUAUACACCAAUUAGUGGACAACAAAGCCGGCAGGGAUCAGCUGGCUUUAGUUGGUGGUCAACAUCGAAAGGUGGUGGGAGCGAGCAAGAAGAUAAGGGAAAAAGUUCACCAGUCGAAGGUGUGAUUCAACCUGGUGCAUUAAUCACACUUCCAACCCCAAGGGAAGUUGCCAGACCGGAGGUGCAGAGGAAUUGCUUGCCUGCAGCAAAACUCAAUGAGGAGGAAUGGGUUACUGUCUACGGAUUCUCCCCCGCUGAUACAAAUCUCGUUUUGAGGGAAUUUGAAAAGUGCGGUGAGAUCUUGAAACACGUUCCUGGUCCAAGAGAUGCUAAUUGGAUGCACAUUCUUUAUCAGAACCGAUCUGAUGCUCACAGGGCUCUCAACAAAAAUGGUAUUCAAAUUAAUGGGGUGCUAAUUGUUGGUGUGAAACCAGUGGACCCAAUGCACCGGCAGGCACUAGAUGAAAAAUUAAACCACCCAGGAUUCAUGGUUACCCCACCGGUAUCUUCUCGAACCUCAGAACUCCUUGCAACCAGAGGACUGGUGCGGCCCUACAAUCUUCAAAAUGGUAACAGUAGUGCGCGGCAGUCAGGAGGUACCAUUGCUUCACCAUCGAAAUCAUUAGUAUCUAAGGUCAUGGAUUUGAUGUUUGGAGUCUAAGUUAGCUCCUCGCUGCAUAUCGACUUUCUUCGGCAAGAAAUUCCUAAAAAUUUGAGAGCUUACGCAUUGUUUUGGUGUGAUAUGUUAUAGGUUGUUGGAACCAUGUACAAUGUUCACAAUCCUCCAUCUUGAUAAUUGUGGUUGUUUUUCCUGAUUCUUACUCUUACAAAAUGAGACAGAAGGAAAUGAACAUAAUGCUGGAGCUUUUUUAGACCUUGGGAACAAACUAAUAUGGGAACCGGGUAUAUAGUAUACAUCCAUUUCCCACCCCUUUAAA